CUCCUCUAUGAUUCCGUAGUAUUGGAUUCCAUAGAGACGGGCAAGCAUAUUUUUUGUUGUUGCCAGAUAGCUAACAAGCUAUACCUCAUAGAAUAAGCUAACCAAUCUAACACCCAAGAUAAGGAUCCAGAAGACUUCCUUGUGUGAUUGAGUGCCACAACACGAACAAACGAUGUCCUUUAGAGACUUACGAAAUUUCACAGAAAUGAUGCGGGCUCUGGGCUAUCCUCGCUUGAUAUCCAUGGAGAACUUCAGGACCCCCAACUUUACCCUGGUGGCAGAAAUUCUCAUUUGGCUUGUGAAAAGAUAUGAACCGCAAAUGGACAUACCGAGUGACGUGGACACGGAGACAGACAGGAUUUUCUUCAUAAAGGCAGUGGCCCAAUUUAUGGCAACAAAGGCUCACAUCAAGGUGAACACAAAGCGUCUGUACCAGGCUGAUGGCUACGCUGUGAAAGAGAUGUUGAAGAUCACCUCAGUGCUGUACAGUGCCAUGAAGACCAAGGAGAUGGCCUCAGGGGACAAAGUGGAGGAGGACAAUAGCAAAUUCAAGUUUGACUUGGGUUCCAAGAUUGCAGACCUGAAGGCAGCGAGACAGCUGGCCUCGGAGAUCACGUCUAAAGGAGCGUCGCUUUACGACCUGCUGGGGAAGGAGGUGGACCUGAGGGAGAUGAGAACUGCUGCCAUCUCCAGACCCUUGGAGAUCAAUGAGACAGAGAAGGCCCUCAGAGCAGCCAUCAAGGAAGUUUUGGAAAGCGUGGAUAAAACCAAAGACAUGCUGAACAACGUGUCCUCAGAUGAGACCAGCCUGGAAUCCAAAAUGGAGAAGAAGAAACAGGAGCUGGAGAGGAAUCAGAAGAGACUCCAGACUCUACAGAGUGUACGGCCAGCAUUCAUGGAUGAGUAUGAAAAGAUUGAGGAGGACCUGCAGAAGCAGUACGAGACCUACGUGGAGAAGUUCCGUAACCUGAGCUUCCUGGAGCAGCAGCUGGAGGAUUACCAUAGACUGGAGCAGGAUAGGUUUGAGGAGACUGAGAACACCCUUAGGAUGAUGCAGCACAAACUGAGGGAGGAGGAGAGGAGGCUGAUGAGGACUGGAGCCAAAGACGAGGACUCCGAUAUGGACAUCCCUGAGGACGAGGGUUCAGACAGUGAUAUGGAGGAUCGCAGACCCUCUAAACCCCGUCCCACCAGAAAUGGCCCUAUGACAGGGAGAGGCGGAGCGCGGCUCGUCGGCAACAUGCAGGGUGGAGACAGCGAGGAGACAGAGGACAGCGAAAUAGACGUGGACGAGGAUGAUGAUGACGAUGAGGAAGGUGAGGAGGAGAAUGAGGACCUGGAGGACGACAACGACAGUCUAGAUGUCCCGGCGCCCAAGCCAUCCCGUCCCUCCAGGGGACCCUUGAGGCCCCAGCUAUUAGAGGAGAGCGAUAACGACUUUUAAGCUGACACACACACACACAUCCACCCACACUGUAUUACAGCUCGUGAGCACUGAGGGCAAACAAAACACUUUAUUCCAUAUAACCUAAUAAUGUAAUCUUAUAAUAAACACUGUCCAAUCAA